AUGGAAAACCGGUCUUUCUUUGAGUCCCGCGAGGCGCACACGUAUUGUGCGUUGUUGUUUGUCUUGUCCUUAAAUUUCUCCGAAGUCCCUACUACACUCAAUAAGAUGGGUAGGGAGGACAAGGCUACCUGGAAGACUAACUACUUCACCAAAAUUAUCCAACUUUUAGAUGAGUACCCAAAAUGCUUCCUGGUGGGUGCAGACAAUGUGGGUUCCACCCAAAUGCAGCAGAUCCGUAUCUCGCUGCGUGGCCACAGCAUUGUGCUUAUGGGCAAAAACACCAUGAUGCGUAAGGCCAUCAAGGAUCAUCUGGAAACUAACCCAAAUCUGGAGAAGUUGCUCCCCCACAUCAAGGGCAAUGUUGGCUUUGUAUUCACCCGUGGUGAUUUGGUUGAGGUCCGUGAUAAGCUAUUGGAGAACAAAGUUCGCGCGCCUGCCCGUCCAGGUGCUAUCGCGCCACUUUCCGUGGUGAUCCCGGCACACAACACUGGUCUUGGGCCUGAGAAGACAUCUUUCUUCCAGGCUCUGUCCAUCCCUACUAAGAUCUCAAAGGGUACUAUUGAAAUCAUCAAUGAUGUGCACAUCUUGAAGCCUGGCGAUAAAGUAGGCGCCUCCGAAGCUACCCUGCUCAACAUGCUUAACAUCUCUCCAUUCUCAUAUGGUCUUGUUGUCAAGCAGGUGUAUGACUCUGGCACUAUCUUCGCGCCAGCAAUUCUUGACAUCAAGCCGGAGGACCUUCGCGCCAAGUUCAUGGAGGGUGUUGCCAAUGUGGCUGCCCUAUCCUUGUCCAUUGGUUACCCUACAGUUGCCUCUGCUCCUCACUCCAUCGCCAAUGGUUUCAAGAACCUGCUUGCCAUUGCUGCCGUUACAGAGGUUGAAUUCAAAGAGGCCACUACCAUCAAGGAGUUCAUCAAGGACCCGAGCAAGUUCGCCGCAGUCGUCGCCGCGGCGCCUGCAGCCGCAGCGCCCGCCGCCGAUAAGAAGGAGGAGGAGAAGAAGCCCGAGAAGGAGGACUCUGAGAGCGACGACGACAUGGGCUUUGGUCUGUUCGAC